ACUGCAUAUCGCGUUAACGUCAUCACAACAGGAAGAGAACCUGAUGGGUAGAGCAGUGUGGCAGCAGCAUAAAUGAGUGUACUGUAAAUCAUUGUUUAGCAGAAAAAUGUUUCCCUUUCAACCAAAGUCGAUGGACGGCACACAGGAUCAGCAGAACCCCUUUAGCAAAAAACAGUAAACCCACCGGUGAGGCUUUGUUCCCUAGGUUCAUCCCGGUAGACCGUUCACCUAUGAUGGAAAGGGCGAUGGAGCAACUCAACGUACAGCUCAAUCGGCUGACCCGUUCCCUCCGGAGGGCCAGGACCGUGGAACUCCCAGAAGACAAUGAGACUGCAGUGUACACUCUUAUGCCAAUGGUCAUGGCUGACCAGCACAGGUCAGUGUCAGAGCUGCUGCUCAACUCUAAGUUUGACGUGAACUAUGCCUUUGGACGGGUGAAGAGAAGUCUGCUCCACAUCGCUGCCAACUGUGGGUCAGUGGAAUGUCUGGUUUUGCUGCUAAAGAGAGGAGCCAACCCAAACUAUCAAGACAUCUCAGGAUGUACCCCUCUACACCUCGCUGCUAGGAACGGACAGAAGAAGUGUAUGGGCAAACUACUGGAGUAUAAUGCUGAUGUCAACAUCUGCAACAAUGAAGGACUGACUGCUAUCCACUGGUUGGCAGUGAAUGGGCGGACUGAGCUCCUCCAUGAUCUGGUCCAGCAUGUGUCCAAUGUGGAUGUGGAGGAUGCUAUGGGGCAGACAGCCCUACAUGUAGCCUGUCAGAAUGGACACAAAACUACUGUGUUGUGUCUUCUGGACAGUGGAGCUGACAUCAACCGGCCAAAUGUCUCUGGAGCCACACCGCUUUACUUUGCUUGCAGCCACGGCCAAAGAGACACAGCACAGAUCCUGCUCUCUCGAGGAGCCAAAUACCUCGCUGACAAAAAUGGAAUCACCCCUCUGGAUCUUUGUGUGCAGGGUGGAUAUGGGGAGACCUGUGAAAUCCUCAUUCAGCACCACAGCAGACUGUUCCAGACUCUCAUCCAGAUGACACAGAAUGAUGAGAUUAAGGAGAACAUGCUCAGGCAGGUUCUGGAGCAUGUCUCUCAGCAGAGUGACAGCCAUUACCACAGGAUCUUGACCAGUCUGGCUGAAGUGGCUACCACCAAUGGACACAAGCUUCUCAGCCUGUCCAGCAGUUAUGAAGCUCAGAUGAAGAGUUUGCUGAGAAUUGUUCGUAUUUUCUGUCAUGUGUUCUGUCUGGGGCCUUCAUCACCAAACAGCGGCAAUGACAUGGGCUACAACGGCAACAAGACGCCUCGCAGCCAGGUCUUCAAGCCAUUGGAGCUGCUGUGGCACUCUCUGGAAGAGUGGCUGGUGCUUAUCUCCACAGAGCUGGACAACAACAGGAAGAGCCCGUCUUCGUCCUCCAGCAGCGAGAUAGCCUCUCUGCUUCUCAAACAGCGAGAGGUUGACCACUCUGGCUCCACACCAAAGCUUCCUUCUUUGCUAGACCCCCAGAUCAUCAUGGAAACAGAGAUGUAUGCUGACGGGGAGGAUGUCAUCUCCAUGACAGCCAGUCGGCUCAGCGCUGUGAUCCAGGCCUUCUAUAUGUGCUGCUCAUGUCAGAUGCCACAAGGAAUGACGUCCCCUCGCUUCAUAGAGUUUGUCUGCAAGCAUGAUGAGGUUCUCAAGUGUUUUGUAACCAGGAAUCCAAAGAUCAUCUUUAACCACUUCCAUUUCCUGCUGGAGUGUCCAGAAUUAAUGUCACGCUUCAUGCAUAUUAUUAAGGGCCAGCCUUUUAAGGAUCGCUGUGAGUGGUUCUAUGAGCAUCUGCUGGCCGGGCAGCCAGAUUCAGACAUGGUUCAUCGUCCGGUCAACGAAAACGACAUCCUUCUCAUCCAGAGAGACUCUAUAUUCAGAAGUAGCUGUGAGAUGGUUUCCAAGUCUACCAAUGAGAAACUCAAACAGGGCAUUGCUGUUCGCUUCCAUGGCGAAGAGGGGAUGGGCCAGGGUGUGGUUCGGGAGUGGUUUGACAUCCUGUCCAGUGAGAUUAUCAACCCAGAUUAUGCUCUGUUCACUCAGUCAGCUGAUGGUACUACUUUUCAACCCAACAGCAACUCCUCAGUGAACCCUGACCAUCUGAACUACUUCCGGUUUGCAGGCCAGAUUCUGGGAUUGGCUCUGUACCACAGACAGCUGGUCAACAUCUACUUCACCCGCUCCUUCUACAAACACAUACUAGGAAUUCCAGUGAACUACCAGGAUGUAUCAUCCAUUGAUCCAGAGUAUGCUAAGAACUUACAGUGGAUCCUGGACAAUGAUAUCAGUGAUCUGGGUCUGGAGCUCACCUUCUCUGUAGAGACAGACGUGUUUGGGGCAAUGGAAGAAGUGCCACUCAAACCUGGAGGAACCAGCAUCCAGGUCACCCAGGAAAACAAGGCCGAGUACGUACAGCUGGUGACUGAGCUGAGAAUGACACGAGCCAUCCAGCCUCAAAUAAAUGCCUUCUUGCAAGGAUUCCACACCUUCAUCCCCCCCUCACUCAUUCAGCUUUUCGACGAAUAUGAAUUGGAGCUCCUGCUGUCAGGGAUGCCAGAGAUCGAUGUGCAGGAUUGGUGCAGGAACACUGAGUACACCAGUGGCUAUGACCCUCAGGAGCCAGUCAUCCAGUGGUUCUGGGAGGUGGUGAAGAGCCUGACCCAGGAGGAGCGGGUUCUUCUGCUUCAGUUUGUCACUGGAAGUUCCAGGGUUCCUCAUGGUGGCUUUGCCUACCUGAUGGGUGGGAGCGGUUUACAAAAGUUCACCAUUGCUGCAGUGCCAUACACCCCCAACCUACUGCCUACCUCUAGUACCUGUAUCAACAUGCUGAAACUCCCAGAAUACCCAAGCCAGGAGGUCUUGAGAGACCGGCUACUGGUGGCCCUGCAUUGUGGGAGCUACGGUUAUACCAUGGCGUAAACAUCAAUAUCACUUCCUGCUGCUUGGGAGUUCAGGUGGUGAAGUAAGCACUGGUGCCCUCCUGUAAGAUAUCCUACUCAGCUUACCUCUGUCGUGGACAACAUCAGACCAAGCCCUGGCUGCAGUUGACGAUUUCGGUCUAGCUCCACAGCUGUUCCAGUAGGAGGCAUCUUUGCAAAGGGCUGAUAUGGGAGCCGCCAGAUCCAGGGAAGCGUGUCAGUCAGGUCUGUGCCUGGAUGCUCUGUGUCUGAUAUAAUCCCCAUCCUAUAAUGGAAAGACCCCUUAAGACUGGACCUAUCCAGCUGUGAUGGAAUAAUCACUUUUAUUUGGCCAAGUAUGUUACACAGAAGGAAUUUGUUUCUGGUACAGAACCGAGGCAGCCAUCUGCAAAUAUGUAUGAUUGCAGAAGACAAACACUAGGCUAAAUACUUAGAUGUAUAGAGAAUGUGAAGGUACGCCAUAUGUUGAAUGUUGGGACUGGGGCGCCAUGUUGGGAGACACUGUAUGUGCUGUAUUUACCGGCAUACAUUCUUGUUUUGUUUGGCUAAAUAUUUGCUUAAAUUGUUUUGAUCUCACUUUACUGUCUGUGGUAAUUCAGAGUAGAUAACCUUAGCAGGCUGUUGCUAACUGUGGCUAACUCAUAGAGAUCCCAUUGUUGAGAGUGACAGAUUGAAAAGUGACUGCACCCUGAUCUAAGCUCUCGUUCGGAUGCUGACACUAGCUAUCAGCUGUCAGCAGAUAACACAAAUACUGCAGAUGACUCAAUUUCUGUCCUUUCUGUGCUCAGACUGAACACUAAAGUGGACAUUUGGACAUAGUUGCAGCAUCCAUUGCUGUUUGUAAUUGUAUGGGAUAGUAUUUGUUUUUUAUUAACUUACAGAUAUACUGUAUAUAACGUAUACAGUAUCUAUGAUGGAUAAUGAGUGUGAUCUUCCAAAAUGGUGCAUUUACCCAAAGUUCAACAUGGCAUGAUGACAAUUUCACAUUUUCUAUUGGGAUACGGUAUGGCCAAGGUGGUUUCCUUCUGUCUUCAUGGCUGCUUGAACACAUCCCUCCAGCCUUGUAGCAGAGUGUCUUGUGGUUUUCUGUAAAAUUCUUUGUCAUUUUUUUAAAUCAGUAUUUUGCUGACUUAUGUAUUUGUACUUCAUGAAUAGCAGUCUUUUUCAGUGAUAGUCUGUCCUUGCUUAGUUGAUAUUCAUGAGGAACAGUACAAAAUAUCUACUGUACGUACAUAUCAAAUGUUUGGCUUUCAGCGCCAAAGCCUAUUAAAAUCUGGAACAAUUUUAAAUACAUUCUUUUAUUUACAUUUUUGCAUACACAAACAUCCUGAAAAUUCCAGAAGUAAUGGGGAUCAUGUUAUGAAUGUAUCUUAGGAACUGGUAGCUUAUUUCCUUCUUCCACUUGUAAAGGGGGUGUAUGUAUUGAUUUAAUAUUUCACAUUAUCUAUCAGUGAAUGCCUCACUUGAGCUUUUGUAAACAGAUGUUAGAGUUCAUUGGGAGUAGAGCCUUUAUACAUUAUUCUGUAAAUGCUUUCAAUAUUAAAUUAUGUAUUUUACCUUAAAUAUGUGUUGUGCUUUGAGAUUUUAUCCAAUAAAACUUGUUUUGACA